AUGUACGUUUACGCCUUUCCUUUUACCUGGGCUAGUACGCUUGAGUAUGUCCUCUCCAUAGCCCAACGCGAACAAGCGUGCAUUGAAAACCUCCCACGGUUCCCCCGGCCAGAGGGAAUAUUUGGCGGACCAGGGUCCUAUCAACCGACGGCUGCAAAGAAACUUGCUGUCCUGCAAGACUUUCGAAAAGUGGCCUCUUUCUUGCUUCCCCGGGACAAGGCUGUCGAGAUCCCUGUGUUAUGGCACACGGAUCUGCACCCGGAUAACAUCUUUGUCGACCCAGACAAUCCUUCGAAGGUCGUUUCUAUCAUAGACUGGCAAUCGGUACAUAUCGCGCCUCUUUUCCAACAACCUGCAACCCCGGCGUUUCUAGACUUUGAGGGGCCGAAACCUGACGAGGGUGUCUCUGCCCCAUCUAUGCCAGAGAACUUUGAAGUACUGAGUGCAGCUGAACAGGCACAAGCUAAGACUCUUCAAACCCAACAGUCCUUGUACAAACUGUACGAGAUCCAGUCCGCUCGGCAGAAUAAGGAAGUCUUCAAGGCACUGCAGUAUUCAAGCUCGCUCGGGAGCCAGAUAAUUUCUCUCGUUUCUCAGGUGUUCAACGCCGGCGAACCCAUCAUUAGGGGCCAGCUGAUCCAGCUAGCGCAAGAGUGGGACAGGAUUGUUGGAAAAGAUCGGCAAACAUGUCCACUUUCAGUGACACCGGAUGAUAUUAGAGAACAGGAACAUGAUCUGCAGAAAUGGGAGGAAGGGGUCCAGCUAAUGGAGGAUGUUCUCGACUCCUUGGGCGGUGUCGAGAACGGCUGGCAAGGCUGGGUCAGCCAUGAGGAUUACGAUCAGAUGCGGGACAAGCUCGCAGCAGUGAAGGAACAGUUCUUGGAUCAUAUGGCUGGGAGUCUGGAAGAGAGGGAAGCCUGGUCCAGGGUAUGGCCUUUUCAAGACUAG